UCACAUGCCCAUCUACAUCAAUCAACUCAAGGCUGAAAGUGAUUCACGAGUGAAAGAAGCUCACUUUAUUUAAAAGCUUUUAAGGAGAUUUCAAGACUCUGUAAUACUUCUCACCGCCAUGAGAAGCCUUUCUGUUCGGCCUUUUCAACAUUUCAGGUAAACUUUAUCAUUUGAUGAUCGUGCCUGGGAGUAUCAUGCGAGCAGCUGACAUCCCGAUGGUUUGGCACACCGUGCUAAGUGUGUAUACAACUCAGGGUUCAGCCAAAGAUAACAUCUAGUCGCUAGAUGUUGGGUUUCCAAGCAGUAAAUGACUGGACAUGUCGCCAAGACGCAUGUCUGUGUUUGAGCUCUGGUCUAUGUAUAGCGAGUAAGGUAUUCUUGUCUUGAAUAAAGAGAAAUUAUGGCCGCUCGGGUGUGGCCACUUGUCCCCUAUUGAGUAAGCUCCAUGAACAGCCGCAUGUUUACUUAUCAAGAAAAAAUAUCUUUGUCACGACGAUCUUGUGAUCCCAAUCACAUUAAAUGCAAAAUGUUAGCAUUGCUCCUUGUAGUCUCUAGGGGUGAGCAAAUUACUUAUUCGGAACCAGAAUUGUUGAAUACCCGAUGUUUGGUUUCAAUUCCUACCCAGAACCAAAGAAAGUACGUGGUGUAGGUGGGGCUAGCAUCUUCAACAAAUCGUUUAUAUAUUGUUACACUACAAAACAAACUAUCAAUUCAACUUUUCGCUUCAACAAUUCUGCCCCCCAGUUUCCUCUUCAUACUCAUACUGUUUGUUCAGCUACACUAUCCGAAAUGGCCAUAGAACAAAUGAGCAGAUUUGAUGUAGAGAAAGCUGGGUUGUUGGCGAAGGAGUUUCGAAAGAGCUUUAAUUCAGGAAAGACAAAGAGUUAUGAGUGGAGAAUGUCGCAGUUACAAAGUGUUGCCAAGAUGAUUGAAGAAAAUGAAGCGGAGAUCAUUCAAGCUCUUGCGGAAGACCUCUCCAAGCCCCAAUUUGAAUCCUUUGUGUCUGAGAUUUCAAUGACAAAAAGCUCGUGUAAGUUAGCUCUUAAAGAGUUGAAAUCUUGGAUGAAGCCGGAGAAGGCAAAAACUUCAAUGACAACAUAUCCUUCUUCAGCAGAAAUUGUAUCGGAACCUCUAGGAGUUGUGCUGGUCAUCUCAACGUGGAAUUACCCCUUCUUGCUGUCUCUUGAUCCAGUCAUUGGAGCUAUUGCAGCUGGCAAUGCUGUUGUCCUGAAACCAUCAGAACUUGCACCAGCCUCAUCGUCACUGCUAAAAACAUUAUUAGAGGAAUAUGUAGAUAAGUCCUCUGUGAGGGUUGUUGAGGGGGCUGUUGCUGAAACAUCUGCAUUGUUAGAGCAGAAGUGGGAUAAAAUUUUCUUCACAGGCAGUGUAAGAGUAGGACACAUUGUUAUGGCUUCUGCUGCAAAGCACCUUACACCUGUAGUCCUGGAACUGGGAGGAAAGUGUCCCGCUGUUGUUGAUUCAAAGAUUAAUUUACAGGUGACUGCAAGGAGGAUUAUAGCAGGCAAGUGGAUGGCCAAUAGCGGGCAAGCUUGCAUUGCUGUUGAUUAUGUCAUAACGACAAAAGAAUUUGCUCCAAGGCUGGUAGAUAGUCUAAGAAAUGAACUGGAGGAAUUUUUUGGGAAGUAUCCAAUGGAAUCAAAAGAUUACUCUCGCAUUGUGAACUUAUUCCACUUUCUACGUCUGGCAAGUCUCUUGGAUGAGGAUAACGUUUCUGAUAGAAUUGUUUAUGGAGGCCAGAAGAAUGAAGAACAAUUAAGGAUUGGUCCAACCAUAUUGUUGGAUGUUCCAGAAGACUCUACGAUAAUGAAGGAAGAAAUCUUUGGGCCAUUACUACCUAUUGUCACAGUUGAAAAUAUAGAGGACAGCUUCAAUGUGAUUAACUCAAAACCAAAGCCUCUUGCUGCGUAUCUCUUCACAGAUGAUGAGCAGCUGCAGAAAGACUUUGUACAGAACAUAUCAGCCGGAGCAAAUGUCAUCAAUGAUGCUCUCAUUCAUACAGUAGUUUCAUCCUUACCCUUUGGUGGCGUUGGAGAGAGCGGAAUGGGAUCUUACCAUGGUAAGUUUUCUUUUGAUGCAUUUAGUCACAAGAAGGGAGUGCUAUACAGAAGCUUUGCAGGAGAUACCAACACAAGGUAUCCACCAUACACGCUUGAAAAGCAAAGAUUACUCAAGGCCCUUAUCAGUGGUAACAUAUUGAGCAUACUUCUUGCUUUGUUUGGAUGGUCUAAAGAUUGAUUUUCUUUGUAUAGCUUGGAUUCAAUAAACAAUUUAUAGCUGUUGCUAAUGUAUUGUUACACAAAGUGUUGGAUUCACUAAGCAAUUUAUAUGUGAUAUGUAGUUUAUGA